AAGGAAGCCAACAUUAGGUCUAUCAACUUCUGUUGAUGAUUAUGGUGAUGGAAGAAAUACAGAAGCCUGAGUUUUAUUUCAAAUUCUAGACUACAAUCAAAUCAAACAUUCAUAAACAAAGCGUCUUAUCUCAUCAAAAUCAUCUCUUUUGGUAUUCUUCUUCUGUGUCUCCUUUUCUCUCUGUUGUUUGAGGCAUUUCGUCCAACACAAUGAUCUCAACAUGUUUCUUUGUAUGUUACCUCUAAAAUUAAACAACCCACGAAAUUGAGCCUACAAAUAAAGCUUCCCAUGUAAUCAUAAUCAUCUUUAAUCCUUCGGAAGUUGGUUGAGGCAUUUCGUCGAACACCAUGAUCCCAGCGUGUUUCAGCCAUCCUAACACAGUAUCGAGUGGCUCUCAAGUUCCUCAAAAUCUCAUUACUUGCAUUUACCAAACUCAGCUUCGCAACUCACCAACAUAUCUCACUCUCACAUGGUCGAAAACCCUCUUCUCCCACUCCCUCACCAUCUACGCCGCAGACUGCUUCUCACUCACCAUCUCCCUCCACCCAUCUACUUUCUCCUUCUUCAGAAAUCGCCCUGGCUCCAAAUCCAUUUACAUGACCCACCACCAUUACCAGAAGAUCAAGCUUUACUGGGACUUCACUCGAGCAGAGUUCAACCGCGACUCCGCUGAGCCCGAAUCCUGCUUCUACAUCGCCAUCUCUUGCAAUGCCAAGCUCGAAUUUUUGCUGGGUGAUCUUCACGAUGAGUUGAACCGGCGUUCCGGUUUGGUCACGACCCACCAAAUCCCAGCGGCAUCCCUGCUAUCCCGCAGAGAGCAUGUGUUUGGACAAAAGCGUUUUGUUUCUAGAGCUGAUUUCUUGGGAUCCAAACAUGAGAUAGGCAUAGAAUGUGGCGAAGGUGUCCUUAAGGUGAAAGUGGAUGGCAAAACGAGUCUUCUCGUGAAGAGAUUAGAGUGGAAAUUCAGAGGGAACGAAAGAAUUUAUGUUAAUGGAAUCGAAGUUGAAUUCUUUUGGGAUGUUUUCAAUUGGGUAAAUAAUGAUAAAAAUCUCAGGAAUGAUACUGAUAUACUUGGGAACGGAAAUGGCCAUGGAGUGUUCAUUUUUCAAGUCGGCGAUGGCGGUGUGUGGCCGGAAAUGGUGGGGCCAGAGAAGAGGUUGAUGAGGAAGAGUUUGUCCUCUGUGACCGGCUUAGCUGCAAAGCCAUCGGUGACGUUGUCUUCCUCUCCGUCGUGCUCAAGUGUGCUGCAAUGGGCGGAGGAAAGCAGUGACUGUGGGAGGAGUUCAUGCUCUUCAUCCACUAGGUCAAAUGGGAGUAAUGGAGGCUUCUCUUUGUUGCUAUAUGCAUGGAGGAAGGAUUGAAAAUUUCCUUAAUGCAAAAUUCAUGUUUAUUGUUGAUAAUUUGAUUGUUUUUAUUUGAAUUUUUUUUUUCGUUUUUUGCAAUAAUUUGUCAAAAAUGAUGCUAGGAGUUUAUGAGAUGAAACUCCUUUUCAUUACUUUGAAAACAGAGGAAUAUAAAAACAGAAAGUAUUG